AGCGUGUUUAUGUUGCUUUGUUAUUAAGUAUAAUAACAGCUAGCCACAUAUAUUACGAUCUGUUUACUGGAAUUAAACACAAUUUCCUAAAUUUCAUCCUCAAAUUCAUUCAGUUAGCAUUAGCCUGUUAGCUGCUGCAUUCAAACACACUCACUUUCAAACACCGCCUCUCCUUUGUCUGCUGAUUUGCUCUCUUGUACUCUCUAAAAACCAAACAGCAGAUCUUUGUGAUUAUCUCUGACAUUAUAUUUCUUUCUUUUAGAGUUUAUUUGCUAGUGUACGUGUGUCAUUUGAUCAGAGUAUCCGUGUUUAUUUUUGUGGUUCAUCAGAAGCUAACACGCUUUUCACCUCAGACUCCAUUCACUUCUGGCUCAGAAAUGGAUUUAUUUGGUGAUCUUCCAGAACCUACAAACGACCCAGUUAAAGCCAAACAGCAGGAUGAGGAACGAGGUGAGAAGAGGAAGAGAGACGUCAGCUCGGAGGAGACAGAGGUGGAAGACCAGAAUCAAGAGGAAAAGAAAAUCUUCCAAAACUGAUGGGUUUUGUCUCGGCGAGACGUGGCGAGAGAGAAGAGAUGCAAGAUGCUCACGUCCUGCUUCCAGAGCUGACCAUGACCAAUCUGCCCUCACAAGUGUGAGUGACUGUGCAAGUCUGUCUAUCUAUCUAUCUAUCUAUCUAUCUAUCUUGUGUUUGUGUGUCUGUGUGUGCAGCUCUCGGCUGGCGUACUUUGCGGUGUUUGAUGGUCACGGUGGAGCUCGAGCGUCGCAAUUUGCUGCUGACAAUCUUCAUCACACACUGGUCAGCAAAUUUCCUAAAGGUGAUGUGGAGAAUUUGGAGAAGCUGGUGAGGAAGUGUCUGCUGGAUACCUUCCGUCAAACUGAUGAGGAUUUCUUGAAGAAAGCCUCUAGCCAGAAGCCUGCAUGGAAGGACGGCUCCACGGCCACAUGCAUGCUGGCGGUUGAUGAUGUUCUGUAUGUGGCAAACCUGGGAGACAGUAGAGCAGUGCUGUGUCGUUUGGAGCAGGCUAAGGAUUCUGGGAAGAGGAAGUGUGUGACUCUGGCUCUCAGUAAGGAGCACAACCCCACCAUAUAUGAGGAGCGCAUGAGGAUUCAAAGAGCAGGCGGGACAGUCAGGGACGGCCGUGUGCUGGGAGUGCUGGAAGUGUCUCGUUCUAUAGGUGACGGUCAGUAUAAACGGUGUGGCGUGAUUUCCACUCCAGACCUGCGACGCUGUCAGCUCAGUCGAAAUGACAAAUUUGUUCUCUUGGCAUGUGACGGGCUUUUUAAAGUGUUUUCUGCUGAUGAAGCCGUUCAGUUUGUCCUCGACGUUCUAGAGAACGAGAAGGUGGAGCAGAAGGAGGGGCAGAGCGAAGAGGCGGGGCGAUUUGAGGCCGCUUGUCAGCGAUUGGCCACUGAGGCAGUGAGGCGGGGCAGUGCAGACAACGUCACUGUCAUUCUCGUGUCUAUUGCUUUCUGAAAGCAUUACACACACACACACACACACACACAUUCAGAAUCUUUUCUGUUGAACACAGAGAUACACAUGAAUGCAUGAGUUUAGAGGUAGUAGAUGGUGCUGAAAUGAAAAUGUGGUUUAUUAUAGAGAACUUUUUCUUUUUCCAAAGCAGGGCUUUUGAAAACACUGUGUCAAAAAUGAGUAUUUAUGCUGUUUGGCAGCAAAUACUAAAUAAUAAACUUUUAUACAGUCUCACAA